AUGGCUGAUCACCGAAAUGGAAAUGCAAAGACUACUAAUGACAAGGGAGGGGGAGCAGCCAAUGGUUACACUAUCAAUCUGGAUAACUUCAGUAAGCGGUUGCAGAUGUUAUAUUCACACUGGACUGAAUACAAGGAUGAUUUAUGGGGUGCUUCUGAAGUUCUUACAAUAGCAACUCCUCCUCCAUCAGAGGAUUUGCGAUAUUUAAAAUCGUCAGCUCUAAAUGUGUGGUUGGUAGGAUACGAGUUCCCAGACACGAUUAUGGUAUUCAUGAAGCAACAGAUCCACUUCUUGUGCAGCCAGAAGAAGGCCUCUUUACUUGAGGUUGUGAGAAAAUCUGCUAAGGAUGUUGUGGGUGUGGAAGUUGUGAUGCAUGUGAAGACCAAGAAUGAUGACGGGAUUGCGUUGAUGGAUUCUGUAUUCCGUGCUGUGCAUGCUCAGUCAAGGUUGGAUGGUCAUGAUAACCCUGUUGUUGGACACAUAGCAAGAGAGGCUCCUGAAGGGCAGCUUUUGGAGAAAUGGGCUAAGAAAUUAAAGGAUGCACAGUUUCAGCUCAGCGAUAUAUCAAAUGGGUUCUCAGACCUGUUUGCUGUGAAGGAUCUUGCUGAGAUUACAAAUGUCAAGAAAGCUGCAUAUUUGACUUCAUCGGUAAUGAAGCAUUUUGUGGUCCCAAAGAUGGAAAAGGUCAUUGAUGAGGAGAAGAAAAUUUCCCAUUCAUCAUUGAUGGAUGACACGGAGAAGGUCAUACUUGAACCUGCAAGGAUAAAAGUGAAGCUGAAGGCAGAGAAUGUUGAUAUUUGCUACCCACCAAUUUUCCAGAGUGGUGGAGAGUUUGAUCUCAAGCCUAGUGCAUCAAGCAAUGACCUGAACCUUUACUAUGAUUCUAGUAGUGUAAUAAUAUGUGCAAUCGGAUCUCGCUACAACAGUUACUGCUCAAACAUUGCUCGAACUUUCUUGAUAGACGCCAACCCAAUGCAGAGCAAAGCUUAUGAGGUUCUCCUCAAGGCCCAUGAUGCAGCAAUUAGUGCUUUGAAACCAGGGAAGAAGGCUGGAGCUGCAUACCAAGCUGCCCUUGCCAUAGUUGAGAAGGAUGCUCCUGAGUUAGCUGCAAACUUGACAAAAUCAGCUGGAACAGGAAUUGGCCUCGAGUUUCGUGAAUCGGGGCUUGGUCUAAAUGGGAAGAACGAUCGCUCAUUGAAAGCAGGCAUGGUUUUCAAUGUCUCGCUUGGUUUUCAAAACUUGCAGACAGAGACCAAGAACACAAAGACUCAAAAGUUCUCUAUUUUGCUUGCGGACACAGUUAUUGUUGCUGAAAAUGCUCCAGAAGUGGUGACUUCUAUGAGCUCUAAAGCUUUGAAGGAUGUGGCAUAUUCCUUCAACGAGGAUGAAGACGAAGAAGAGAGGCCCAGAGUCAAAACUCAGGCUAAGGGUGCUGAGGCAGUCUUGUCGAAGGCAACACUCAGGUCGGUUAACCAGGAGAUGUCAAAGGAGGAGCAGCGGAAGCAGCACCAGGCAGAACUUGCCCGCCGAAAAAAUAAAGAGACUGCUAGGAGGCUUGCCGGUGGGGGUCUUGGUUCAGCAGAUAACCGUGGUGCCAUGAAACCCUCUGGUGAGUUGACUGCUUACAAGAACAUUAAUGAUCUACCUCCCCCAAGGGAUUUAAUGAUUCAGAUUGACCAGAAGAAUGAAGCCAUUCUCUUGCCUAUUUAUGGAAACAUGGUCCCUUUCCAUGUUGCCACUGUAAAGAGUGUUUCUAGCCAGCAGGAUACUAAUCGUACAUGCUAUAUCCGAAUAAUCUUCAAUGUACCUGGCACUGCUUUCAAUCCUCAUGACUCAAACACAUUGAAGUUCCAAGGAUCAAUUUAUGUUAAGGAAGUUUCAUUCCGCUCAAAGGACCCAAGGCACAUAAGUGAAGUGGUACAACUAAUUAAAACCCUCCGCAGGCAGGUUGCCUCCCGGGAAUCGGAGAAAGCCGAGAGGGCAACUUUAGUUACACAGGAAAAACUUCAGCUUGGUGGUGCCAAAUUUAAGCCAAUAAGGUUGUCGGAUCUAUGGAUCCGUCCUGUGUUUGGCGGUCGGGGAAGAAAGCUAACUGGUACUCUAGAAGCACACACAAAUGGGUUUCGGUAUGCAACUUCAAGACCAGAUGAACGUGUGGACAUCAUGUAUGGUAACGUCAAGCAUGCAUUCUUCCAGCCAGCAGAAAAGGAAAUGAUCACUCUUCUGCACUUCCAUCUGCACAACCACAUAAUGGUGGGAAACAAAAAAACUAAGGAUGUGCAGUUCUAUGUUGAGGUAAUGGAUGUGGUCCAGACAAUUGGAGGUGGAAAGAGAUCCGCCUAUGACCCUGAUGAGAUUGAGGAAGAACAGCGAGAGAGGGAUCGGAAGAACAAAAUUAGCAUGGACUUUCAGAACUUUGUAAAUCGAGUGAACGAUCUGUGGGGACAACCUCAAUUCAAAUCUCUUGAUUUGGAGUUUGAUCAGCCGCUGAGAGAGCUUGGCUUUCAUGGGGUGCCCCACAAAGCGUCGGCAUUUAUUGUCCCAACUUCAAGCUGCCUGGUUGAGCUUAUAGAGACACCAUUCGUGGUAAUCACCCUAAAUGAGAUUGAGAUAGUUAACCUGGAGAGGGUUGGUCUUGGGCAGAAGAACUUUGACAUGACCAUUGUAUUCAAGGACUUUAAGCGAGAUGUCAUGCGAAUUGAUUCUAUACCUUCAACAUCACUGGAUGGCAUCAAGGAGUGGCUCGAUACGACAGACCUCAAGUACUACGAGAGCAGGCUUAACUUGAACUGGAGACCUAUAUUGAAGACAAUCACUGAUGACCCAGAAAAGUUCAUAGAGGAUGGUGGAUGGGAAUUUUUGAACAUGGAAGCUAGUGAUUCAGACUCCGAGAACUCACAGGAAUCAGACCAGGGAUAUGAGCCUUCAGAUGUGCAAUCAGACUCGGUAUCCGAAGAGGAGGAGGAUGACAGUGAGUCACUAGUGGAGUCUGAGGAUGAUGAGGAUGAGGAUUCUGAGGAAGACUCGGAGGAGGAGGAAGGGAAAACAUGGGAAGAGUUGGAAAGGGAAGCAAGCAACGCAGACAGAGAAAAAGGGGCUGAAUCAGACAGCGAGGAGGAGAGGAAGAGAAGAAAGAUGAAGGCAUUCGGGAAGGCUCGGCAACCUGAUAGGAGUCGUCUGGGCAGCAGCCUACCUAAGAGGGCCAAAUUGAGGUAA